AUGCUUGAGAGGACCGCGGCAACCAUCGAGCCGUGCAGCCUCCAGCGAGUUCUCCCCACGAGCAGGACUUGUUUGAGAAGCCGCCGCAAACUGCAUACAGCUUUCUGGCACCAUGGCGCUGCCGACCUCGAGGUCUUCGAUGCCUGCCCGGUCCUCUUGCGCCAGUCCCCGGCCGAGCCAAAGACGUACACUGUCGCUAUUCCUCCUGAGCAAGGCAAACGCUUCGAUGCAAUGACAACAAGCUCUGCGUUUCUGCUUGAUUUUCUCUAUCCCAGGGGAACAGCCGCUUUUUUACGCAGGCCGUAUCCUGUACUCCCUGGGCGCAUAGACCCCAGUUCAAGCAAUCGCCGAGCCACCAUGCGCUCCUUUACCUCCGCCCCUGGUCAGACGGAAAACUCCCCGGAUGGCCAGGGCCAAAUGACUACGGACGGUCAGCAAAGUACGCAGGAAAAGGAGCAAGAGACAGCAGGAGACGGAGCAGAAGCUCAAGCAGCCGUAGAGUCGAGGACAGAGGAUGACCUUGAGCAACUGUUUCAAGUGGGUUCCGACAAGGCUGCAGAGGAUAUUACAGAGCCGACUCCUCACACUCAAGAACCCAACUCUUAUGUGAGCCCUGAGCUUUUACAAAAGCAGUUGAUGCAACUGCAGCACGUUGCAAAAUCCGAGCGAGAAGCAGCUUACGAGCAACUCUAUCAGACAUAUAUGCGGCUUGACCCAAACAUACAGCCCCAAUUCACGACUGAGGUCCUGUUGGCGAUUUCAGAGUCAAUACGUCCGCUUGACGCAGAAAGAAUCUGUCAGCUCUUUCAGACUUGCCAAGUCAGUCAGUGGACCGAAGAACUAGUCCGCGCUGCUGUCAAGUCCCAGCUGCUUCUUCACAAGGCGGCAGAUGCUGUAUCGAUCUACAAGACGGCGCUAGAGGAGCGCGGUUUUGGCGGUGCCCUCGAUUAUAUUGCCACGUAUGGCUUGGAACUCUCAAUGUGGGACAUGAUCCUGGAAGCGUGGGAGCUCUACUCGGCUGUUCAACACAAGAUGUUGCAUCCCUCGCUGCAGGGAUCUGAGUCAGGUUCUGUAAAGCAGUCGGUUGAGCAGGAUGCCCGGCUUUCGGAACAGAAAGAUCAACUAAACGACGUUCGUGUCGUGCCUAGGCCGGACACUUUAGAAGAUGGGGUCAGGAGUGAAUUCCCAUCCCCAGAUGCGUCCGCUGCCAAUCAGGAUGUAGCUUCGGCUGUUGAAAGUCCAUCGCCCGAGACUAGCACGGUUCAAGAUGUUGUCACUGCUGUUCAGCGCAGCAAUAAUCAACCAUUUAUUUCGACCGUUGGUUACGCCACUCUGGCCACCAUCUCCGAUUUCGAGAUUAAAGUCAGGAAGAUGUAUCAGUAUUUCGAGCGUAACCCUUCCACCUUGCACCAACGGACAGCCAUGCUUGACUCAUUUCUCGGGCACGUUCUCAGAUACUCGAUGGAUCUUUUUGGUCCAUCCGAUGCUGUCUUCAUGCUCGGUCGUGCCAAAUACCCGGAGCUCUAUGAGCUCUACAUCAUCCGCAGUGCUGAACAAGAGCGCAGGAGGUUAGCUAGUGAUCUAUACAGGAAGUAUCGCCAACUGCCACAAACGCGCGUGUCCGACGCUGUCUUACGAGUCAUGAUUGACAUAUUCAACCCCCAUGAUGUGCGGGGAAUGGAACUAAUACUGGAGGAUUGGUACCGCUUCUACGGCCAGCCCGAAGAGAAGGCAUACCACAAGCUCAUGGCCUUCUAUGCCGGACGUGGUGAUGCGACAACUGUCACUCGCUUGGCUGAAGAAUAUGGUAGACAUUAUCACUGCGAAAUCGAAAAGGAACCGAAAAUUGUCACCAACAUCAUGCAUGCUCAUGCUGUCAGGGGUGAUGUCGAGGCAACCCGUCAGGUCAUGGAGGAAAACACGAAAAAGUCAGGCCUGGAACCAGAUAUUAUGCAGUGGAAUGUCUUGUUGAAUGCCUACACAAAGGCUGGAGAUUACGGUGGUGCCAUCGAGCUCUUUGCGCAGAUCUGCGAGGAGCACGAGCCGGAUGAUUACACUUUCGGUACACUAAUGAAAAUGGCAGGAUUCCGUGGCGACCUUCAGUUCACUCUUGAGCUUUUCCAAAUGGCUAGGGAAAGGAACAUUCAGCCAACCGUCGCCAUGAUGGCGUCGCUGAUUGAAGCCUACUGCCAGAAUGACCGGUAUUCCGAGGCCGAGCAGCUUUGCAUCUCUCUUACCAGACGCCGAGAGAUCUCGGGCGAUUACACAUACUUGUGGAAUGCACUGCUUCAGCACAAUGCCAAGCGACGGGAUCUGGCGGCUGUCAACCGCGUACUCGAGAAUAUGUCUUCGGAGGGCAUUGCAUACAACCAUGAAACGUACAAUCAGCUCCUGUUAGCACUUCUUUACUGCCGUCAGUCACAUCACGCCAUGCACUUGCUGAGAGCUGCCCAGCGCGAAGGUGCUUUUGAGCCUACGGCCGAUCACUUCAUCCUCCUGAUGUCUGCUUUUAUCAACAGCGGAGAGCCGCAUCUUGCUCUCAAGACAAACGAGCUGAUGGCCAGCAUGAAUUAUCCAGAAUCUGCCUUCCGUUUGACAAAGGUUAUCGACGCUUUGGGAAGGUGGCAAGAGCUUCCCAAGCACCAGCAGCGUGGUGCUGAUGGCCAAGCAAUUCUCAAAAAGAUCCUUCGUGAGUUUUACAAGGCCAUGGAGCGCGAAGACAAGGGAGCUAGCGACACCGUUCGGUCUACCAUUGGACUCUACUCCAAAGUGCUUUUCAUCUUGACGCAAAUGAGAGAGUUUGCCACCGUUCAGCAGAUCAUCCAGCUUCACAACACUCGCUACCCAGGCCGCUCAACUCCCGAAACACUUCCGCUGCGGUUACUUCACAACAUCAUGCUCGCAGACUUUUACGAAAAGAAGUAUGACCGCGUCAAAGAGACCUGGGAGCUGGUCUUCAGGCGGGCUAUCAAACGUUACAGUCCUGCUGCAACGCUCCGGAAGCCGAAAGAGGAGCAGGAGUCGAACCCAGAACCAGUUAUCUAUGCACAGCGCUUUCGACUCUGCGACCCCCUAAAGACUAUGCAGCGUCUCUAUCUUGAACUGGGAGACGCUGAGGGCUUGCUCAAACUCAUCUCACGAGUGCGUGCGGCUGGCUUCGAUCUUGACAGCAAGAAUUGGAACUACCACGUCCAGGUAUUGGCGCGUCUGAAACGUUGGCGCGAAGCUUUUACGGUCUGCGAAAAGGUACUCAUGCCCAACUGGACCGGUUGGCAAAUGGUUCGCGUAUUUGAGCAUGCCAAGGCCCAACUGCCACUCGACCUGCGCCGUAUGGGCCGUAACCCAUAUCGGCCGCGCCCAAUCACUCACACACUGCUGAUCCUGGCUAAGGAAUACAUGGAUUUGGAACGGAUGAUGCUGUGGUCUCGACAAGCAGCUCGUGAGUUCGAGCACAUUAACCACGCCUGCCCCAAGACGGUGCAGGCAGUGACCAGUAUGGUGCGCACAGGCUCCGAGCUUGAAGAAAAGAUCUUCAGCAGCCCUGGCUGGACACCUCCUGAGCAACUCGGGGAGUGGGACGAAGGGAAGGAAGAGACAUGGGAGGAGUUGAAGGCGAGGGAGACAGCUGAAGAAAAGCGGGCUAACAGGCUUGCGCAAAAGAUGAAGAGGCCAGGGUCACUCAACGGGCCAAAAGCCGAGAGAAAACGAGGUAAGAAACACGAGGGAGCUCAGAAGCUCAGUGAUGCCUGGACCGAGGAUGGGUUCUUAAACGUGGAGGGCAGUGUUCUGGAGAAGAACGAGAUGUUGGAUGAAGAAGGCAUUGUUGCUGCCAUCAAGGAAAAGGAUGGCUCUGGAUUUUGGAAGCCAACAGAUCAUAUUGUAUGA